CUCAUCAAUGGUAAGUACAAGGAUCCUCAAAGAGUUUUUUGGCAAAGAGCAAAAAAUGCCUCCAUCCUCAUUUCCAUGGGAAAUGAUAAGCCUCCACGAAACGCUUCACAUAACUUCAGCCAAAAAGUUCUCUUCCAGAAUAGGACGCUUCGACAGCAAGAACCGGAGGAAAGCCCUCACUACCAAAGAACAAGAAGACGAUCAAGAUCAAGAACAACGGCCGGACGAUAAGAUUGAAAAUGUUGCUCUUGGUGUAAAUUUUGAUGCAAGUGCCACCGCUGCUGAUGGGUCUGCUUUGCCGGAGCUUCCCGGUCUUGAGCCGGAUUUCUGGGAGGGUCCACAGUGGGACGUUCUCGGCUUCUUUGUGCAGUAUCUGUGGGCUUUUGGCAUCGUUUUUGCGUUAAUCGCAUGUGGGAUUGCUGUGGCUACGUAUAAUGAAGGUGCAACGGAUUUCAAGGAGACACCAGCAUACAAAGAGUCUAUCCAAUCUCGAGAGCUUUUAGAAGAACCUGAGGCAUCUAAUUCAGACGUCUUUGAAUCAAAUCCCACAGAAGUUGCACCUAGUCUAGAAUAGUCUAGAAAAGCUCUAACAUCGGGGAGUUGGUAUACCUUGAUUUGUGAGGUACUGCAUGUAAUGUCUCUCUCUAUGUAUCUGUACAAUUUUUAGAUGUCUGGAUAAAUAAAAGCAUGGUGAGAUGUCUAUUUUCUAAUUUCAGGUGUUUUUGCGUUGUUGUGUGCUUGUUGAGAUCCUAAGAAUAUGUUCUU